AUAACCCUUCCCUUUCUGCCUUCUCCGUCUCUGGGGCCCCGCAUCUUGCUUGCUUCCCCGCACGCUGUCCGCAACACUGCCAUUUGUCGUGCACACUAUACACCGAUUGUUCUGAGAGGACUCGUUACGACCGUAUGAACUAGCCCAAGCUCGAGCUUCUUGAUUCGAAUGUCCUCCGAUGCAUCUCCGAAAGACAGGCAGAGCCUCAGCUACGUCCUUCGCUCCGGUCUCGCAGGUGGUGUCGCUGGCUGUGUGGCAAAGACCGUCGUCGCGCCUCUCGACAGAGUCAAGAUCCUCUUCCAGGCGUCCAAUCCUGACUUUCAGAAAUAUGCUGGCACAUGGAGCGGAGCCUUUCGCGCCGUCUCCCAAAUAUACCGCGAAAACGGCAUGCGAGGUCUCCUCCAGGGCCAUUCCGCUACUCUACUCCGUAUCGCUCCGUACGCAGCCAUCAAGUUCAUGACAUAUGACCAAGUCGAGGCAUUGCUCAUGCCUACGCGAGAGAGCCAGACCAACCUGCGCCGCUUCACUGCCGGGGCCAUCUCGGGCAUCACGUCCGUGUUCUUCACCUACCCUCUCGAGCUCAUUCGAGUUCGUAUGGCAUUCGAAACGCAUAAAUUUCCCGGUCCCUCUCAACAGCGACCCUCCUUCCUGUCCGCCAUGCGUCGAAUAUACCACGAAGCCCCUCAGCCCGCCCCGUCCGCGGCCGCUUCCGCCUCGUCUGCUGUGAUCGCGACAGACCAAGUGAAGACCUCCCUCUUCACUCGCUUUCCCGUUCUCAAGUUCUACCGCGGCUUCACAGUCACUACGAUAGGCAUGAUUCCCUACGCUGGCACAUCCUUCCUCUUCUGGGGCUUCCUACGUGCCCACUUCUUUCCUUACCGUGAGGGUGGAUCGAAAAUUGGAGGCGGGCCGCUCGCGGACCUGUCGAUCGGAGCAGCGUCUGGGGUGCUUGCGCAGACGGUGUCCUACCCAUUCGAGGUGAUCCGGAGGAGGAUGCAGGUCGGGGGCUUGACGCAGCCAGAUAGAUGGAUGCGGUGGGGCGAGACGGUCCGGACUAUCUGGGUGUCGAAGGGGUUGAAGGGGUUUUACGUGGGGCUGACGAUCGGGUAUCUGAAGGUGAUACCGAUGACUGCAAUCAGCUACGCGGUGUGGCAAUGGGAGAGGCGGAUGUUGCAUCUGUGAACGGUAGGGUUUGCGUCUGUUCGCGUAGGGUCGAUACAGUUACUCACGAGGAUCAGGCCGAGGUUGGUAGGCACCUACUUGAGCUUACCGCGAGAUCUGCAAUGUAUCUGUAGCGCACGCACUAGCAUCGUAGGACC